AUGAAGACAGUCACGGUGAUGUGCCUGUGCUGGUUGGGCAGUCAGGGAAGCACCAGCACUGGCGCAGGUGAUGAAGACAGUCACGGUGAUGUGCCUGUGCUGGUUGGGCAGUCAGGGAAGCACCAGCACUGGCGCAGGGUCCUCUCAUCUUCACACAUCUCUGUUCCUAUCCUCCCCCAUCCAGCGGAGUGCACGGCGCAGCAAGCGUUUGAAGCCGUGGGUCCCAACGCCCUCUUCCUCUCUGGAGUCAGCUACCCCUCUGUCCGCUUCCUGUGCUGUUUCUCGCAACCUGACAGCAUCUUUUGCCUGUGCUCUUGUCUGUGCUGUGCUGUGCUGCUGCCACCAGCGGAUGGCAAGAUCGGCCAUUCCACCCAGGGCAACCACAUCUUCCUCUUCCCAGGCAUUGCGGCCGGAGCACUGCUAUCGGGCGCUCGCCUGGUGUCUGAAGGAAUGAUCCACGCAGCAGCCAACGAGUUGGCGCACUAUAUUUCGGACGAUAAGGUGCCCCUCCCUGCCUUUCCCCUCUCUCCCACCUCUUCCCCUCUGCCCUUCUUUCUCCCCGCCAUGGUUCCACUGCCCUCUAGGGUGGUGCACUCUAUUUCACACGAUGAGGUGCCCCUCCCUGCCCUUCCCCACUCUCCCUCCUCUCCUCGCCAUGCUUCCACUACCCUCCAGAGUGGCGCACUAUUUCUCACGAUGACGUUGGCGCACUAUAUUUCACACGAUGAGGUGCCCCUCCCUGCCCUUCCCCUCUCUCCCACCUCUUCCCCUCUGCCCCUCUUUCUCCCCGCCAUGCUUCCACCGCCCUCCAGGGUGGCGCACUAA